AUGGCCAUCAAGCCAUGGCUUUGUUUUGCCGCGGUGCUGUGCCCGUUACCGUGGAGCUUCUCGGCCAUCUCUCAGGCGGAUCGCGGCGCGCGGAUCCACGGCCACUUCCCCGACGUGGACGUGCUCUGUGUGGACUGGCGGACGCGGCCCUUGGCGGCGCAGAUUCCAGUGCCAUGGCUGGCCAGGAAGGUUCAUAACUGGAGUGCCAGGAAGAUUGUGGCGAAGAAGAAAGAUCUUCCAUCAUCUCGCGAUUUCUACAAAUCUUCGAUUCAUCUGACCUUGUCGCAGAAGGGUUUCUUGGAAUAUCGCUGGGUUAUCCAAAAGUGUGUCCCAGGGGCUGCCCACGUCGCCAUCAAACAACCAAAGCUGCGGCUCCUGCGAAUUCUUCUACGACUCUUCAUGCGCGACUCAGCGCAUACGCAGCUGGAGUGUGGCUUUCAGUCAGCUGGCAGGUUGAAGGUGUCUUCCAAGCUGCCCAAAAAUCCAGGUGAAUUGAGGAGAAGCCUCCAGGUCUAUGCGCCCUACUCCAGUUUUCAGGUGAUCUUGCAGAAGUGGGAGCAGCAAAAUCAUCCAGAGAAAGACUUCCGGAAGGCCAAUGAAUUUGCCAGGGAGUGCUUGUUGUGGUGUGCCGAACAACCGCAACGAUUGUGA